GUUGGCAGUUUUCGACUGAGCAACAAACUGGGUUCGAUUUUCAAGUAGAGCUGGAUAGGAAAAAGAACUGAGAUGGCAUUAUUUUCAUUGCGCACAAUAACAUUGAUUGUGGUUUUAUACUUAAUCGAUACAAUGCAAGCAAGAGGAGGAGGAAUGAGUAACAAACGAAAACGAUCGGGGUCCUGUGAGCUGAGGUAUAAGAAGAUUGAACCUGAACAUUCUGCUUGUAAGGCACCAUCCAGUCAACUAGUAAAAUCAGGAGUGUCAUCACAAGACCAGAAACUCAUUGUGGAUUUACACAAUGAGGAGAGAAGAAUCGUCUCCCCUCCAGCAAGCGAUAUGAUGGCUAUAAGCUGGGAUGAAGGACUGGCUAAGAUAGCACAGGGUUGGGCCAGCAAUUGCGUCUAUGCACAUGACAAGAACUACAAUAGAAAUGAUCUCGGUCGAUUUACUGUGGGGCAGAAUUUGGCACAGGGUCAGACAUCCUGGACAGAAGCUGUUAAAGACUGGGCAAGCGAAAAACAAUUCUAUGACUAUGAUUCCAACAGCAGUCCUUCCGGGGAACCAGUGGGCCAUUUUACACAGAUGGUUUGGGCAACAAGUGUGAGGGUCGGUUGCGGGUUCGCUCUGUGUGGUAAGAAACGAAUUUACGUCUGCAACUAUGGUCCAGCGGGAAAUAUGAAAGGUGAAAGUCCGUAUACCUCUGGAAAAUCCUGUGGUGCCUGUUCGAGCACGUGCAACAACAAACUGUGUGACUGUAAAGAUGCCCUGUGUAAGAAUGGGGGAAAGAUGGACCCAAAUACAUGCACGUGCGCAUGUAAACCUAAGUUCUACAAGGGAGCCGAUUGUUCACUGAAUUGUGACGGUGGAAUGCCAGAGCCUUCACACUGUGCAGGAUGGAAGGUCCACUGUAAAACGGUAUCAAAUGUGCCACAGGACUGUCCAAAAACAUGUGGAUGGUGCGGAGCUGCCGAAAAUGCGUGAUUAUGAAAACGUCACUCCUGAGUGCAUGAAGUUUUUGAGACAAUAUACGGAAGCGAAAUUUUUAUUUUUCUGUAUCUUUGCUCAAGUUCAGAACACUUUUCUAUGACAGUUGCUGCGUGCGUGUUAUAAGUUACGCAUAGUUUCUUUCAGAACAUAAUGCACUCUAACAGUAAUAAAAUGUUUUUCUCCAAACAUUAUCAGUACAGUUAGGCUGGAGAGAUAAUGCUAUUUUGUACCCACCUUCAUUAUCGUUGGUUAUUGAAUGUAAAACAAAGAAACCAAUAAAUCUAAGCGU